AUGUCUUCACCAGUCCAGCAGCAAGCAAGCAACCUCGCUCGUGGCGCUGGGCCUGUCGAACAUUUUGCGGCAGUCACAAGCACAACAGCAGAGCAAAUGCUAGAGAUCCCACCUGCCGCAGCGGCUGCACGUCGUGAUCUUGCCGGAGAGCUAGUUUCACAUGAAGAGAUUGAUCUCACGGCCGAGCCUGAUUCCAUAUCAUAUAUUAGCGAGGAUGCUCGGAUUACACAGGUUCGAGCGUUAAGUACAGUGUUCUGGAGAAUUCUCCAGAAAGCAUCCAAUGGCUCUUCAAUUAUCCAUGUUGAAACCCUUGAACUCAUUCCCCGUAUAUUGGAAGGCGCCCUUCAAAUUGCGGCGCUUUAUAGUGUGCGAGAACGGCUUCACAGGCUCGAGUCCGAAUACGCGGGUGCUAGCGGUCAUAUUGGAGAACUUAGGGAGGCGAACCAGCGAUUGGACCGUAAAUGGAAGAAGCUAGAGAGGGAACUAAUCGAUGCUCACUGCGCCAAUCAGCUCUUGAGGAUUGACAAAAGACGUUUAGAAGGUGAAUUAAAAUUCGCGAUUGGGGACCCUACCGGAGACGCAACAGAAUCAGAUACGGGAAGGGGGCGAGGGAAGAGAAGGAGAGGAGAGAAUGACAUUUCUGAGGAGACGCUUAGAAACAUGGAUGGAUCAGACGUAGAAGCUGGAGACGCGGGGAAGAGCCAACGAGAGAUGUGA